AGAUCUUUUGGUAUGUCCAGCAAAAAACUUCUUAGGAGGUUUUCAUCAAGUAUAUCAGAUCUUCUUAGCAUACCCAAAAGAGACCUUUGUGAUAAUGAAGAAUUUACACCUUUACAUAAUGCAGUCAAAAUGGGAAAUACAGUUAUGGCAAAGAAUUUUAUAGAUUCGAAAUCAGUGUGGAUAGAUGAGCCGGAUUGUAGAGGCCAAACUGCUCUCCACUUAUCCAUCACCUACGGUGAUACCGAAAUGACGUCACUUUUACUGAAAGGCGGUGCAAACGUGGAUUCCGUAGAUUAUGAUGGAAUUUCGGCAUGUCAUAUUGCAUGUAAAGACGGUAUGAUUGAUCAUUUUAACCUACUCAUCUACUACCAUGCAGACAUUUGUUUAGUUGACAGAAGUGGAAGAACACCAUUCGAUUUGGCAUGUGAAUAUGGACAAGAAAAGAUGCUGGAGCGAUUAUUCAGCUGUGGCCUAAGAAAGAUCAAUUUCCAAUAUAUGGACCAUCUCCACACAGCUUCGGCAUUCCACCUGGCGGCUGGAAGUGGUCAAGUUCAGAUUUUAUCAAUGUUACUUCAACACAAUUGGGAUUUGAAUUUUGUGACAGAAAGCGGGUCGGCUCUUCACAUGGCAGCUGGCUCUGGACAAGUUCAAGUUGUUCGGUUUUUGCUGAAUUCCGGAAUCGAUAUCAACAUUACAAACUCUGACGGACUGACAGCCUACGCAUGGGCUAAAAAGAAUAGCAGUCGCAAUCCAAUAACGUAUAAGGAGAUCCGGUUUCUGCUGAAAAACUUCCACACGUUCACCAAUGCUGUAGCAGUUGAGGACUUUUGUGGUGUUGAAGCAAACGAGCUGAGCUUAUCGAUAGGUGACCAAGUUUGGGUUAUCGAACGGAGCACAACACAAGUCUGGAAGGGAAUUGUUUUCGGAAGGAAAGGCAACUCUCGUAGCGGAUUUUUCCAAUCAAACGUGAUUGAAGACGCGGGGGCGAGCGACGGGAUUCUUACGACGCCCAAGAUUGAGACCAGAAAAAAUCACAACAAAAUGAGUUCCCGACUAGCAAAGACGCCAAAAAAUCCAACAUCCACUUUUUCCAAACCCGUGCCCGCACCGGCUGUUCCACGCAGAAGUUGCUCCAUUGUUCAGUAUCAUGACAUCAACCGUAACACCCCAUCUCAAAUGUCUUCAUUCGGAAGGACAACCUCUUGUUAUGGUGAUACCAGUAAUCAGCGACCAAAUAACAUGAUGACGAAAUCCACUUCUGGCUCUUUUGGCUCCGACUCUUUUCAUGUCUUCAAUGGCAGUCGCACCUCAACGCCCAAUCCGCCGACUGCUAUGUAUUCAUCGUCAUCGUGCUUGUAUCCUGUAAAAGUUGAGAAUCAUUACGCCUCAAUUGGCUCAAGCUCAAGCCAGAGUAGCUCUGGGUUCGAAAGUGCAAAGUGCUCGACGUCAACGUCCGCCUCAUCAUUCCCGUCGGGUGUGCAAAGCAAUGAAUCUGGAUGCGAAUCAGCACACAGUGUGCGUUCUGUGGAGAGUGGAAGCGGCUCCUCAUCAUCAAUUCAUGGAUUGGAUGAUUCCUUGUAUCGCUCCAUUCACGAGGUCGAUGUGACCAGCAUGGUGCAGAGUGGUGUGCCGCACGCGGAGGUUUUGGCCAACUGGCUGGAUAGUAUCAAUAUGAGCAAUUAUUUGGCGGUUUUCUUGAAGCAAGGUUAUGAUCUACAGACUAUUGCCCGAUGUACCCCAGCCGAUCUCCUCAGUCUAGGAAUCAAGAACCCGGAUCAUCGUAAAAAGUUGAUGUCUGAUAUCCACAGCUGGAAAAUAAUUGACCAAUGGCCGUCGGUUGUGCCGAAUAACAGUCUGAGAGAGUGGCUGCAUGCAAUUGCACUAGCCGAGUACAUUCCAAUGUUUGAAAGUCAACGCUAUACAUCUGUCAGUGAUGUUUUGGACUUGCAAUGGGAAGAUUUCGAGGAUAUUGGUGUCAAGCGACUGGGGCAUUUGAAGCGGUUUGGAUUGACGAUCAAGAAAUUGAAAGAUCACCAGCGUCAUGCCUCGAAUAGCCUGCACCCAUCCCACUACGCAGUUCAUUCCAAUACAAGCAGCUACAACAGCAGCUACAGUUCUCCACAGUCAUUCGGGUACUCCACACCUUCUCCCAUUCAGCGACAGCCCGCAUCUGCAUCAAGGCUCAACGAUCCUCCGCCGCCAGCUCCAUCGGCACCGAAUCGAGCGUUCCGGGCGAGCUGCGACAAAAUCGACUACCUCAGUUAUCAGCAGAACAACUGGAAGUCGGCGUCAGCUCUUCCAGAGGCACCGGCGUUUUUGUCAGUGAAGCCGAAAAGUACUUCGGAUUUGUUGUUUGGAGAUGAUACACCAAUUCGGUUAAAUUUGGUGCCUACUGGGAAGAUAUUGAGUGAUAUUAGCAAGUUGAAGAAGGAUGAGGAGGAGGAUCAAGAGCUGGAUGAUCCAAAUGAGUGCCCACCACCCCCAGCUCCACUACACUGCAAUGUGGGUCUCCAUCACAUUUCGUCGGGCAACCUGUCUUCCUUCAACUCCUCACUCAGCAACGAUCAGUUUCCAUUUGCAAAUGAAAAUUGUGGUACAAUAAGAUAUUCAUCUACACGCCCGGCUACUGCUUUUGACAUUCCGGCGGCACUACCACCAUUGUUAUCCGAUGAUCAUGCAAGUGAUCACUCAUCUGUGGGAAGCUGCAACAAGCCCACAAUUGACGAAAUGCUCCAAGACAUUCAGGGCGCAAUGGACAAUUUGAUAUCCUCAUAAGCACUUAAAAAGUCAUAAUUUUUCGUUCUCUCUAUAGGUUAUAGAAUAUUUUUGCAUGCCCAUCAUCUCUCUCUUUUUUCCUAAAUUUAUUGAAUGAUCGAACGGUUCACCUGCUUUACGGGCUGAUUUUUAUUGAAUUUUUGAAUUGUAAUUUUUCUUUCAAUUUUUUGUUCAACUUUUAUUUGUGAAUGAAACACGUGUUGAUUU